CCCCACCCUGCUCCCUGUGCUCCUCCGGGAUUGCUCCGCCCUGAGCCCGGCUUGGCCGCGACCCGGCUCCCCGAACCUAUGCUGUCCGCUUUGGGGACGGUGGGCUCGAACCCGGGCGGGCAGAUGCAGGGUGCAGAGGUCGACCCCGCCCUCGCCGCAGUCACGCGGCAGGUCAGCGGUCGCACCGCCCCAGCCACAGUCCCGAGCGGCCCAGAGCGCGGGCAGCCCCUGGCCGCAGCGGUGGCCGAGCUGCCCGUGCUGGACGCCUCCGGGAGGCAGGUGCCUUUCGGCGCGCUGUUUCGGGAGCGUCGGGCUGUCGUAGUCUUCGUGAGGCAUUUCCUGUGUUAUAUUUGCAAGGAAUACGUAGAAGAUCUGGCCAAAAUCCCCAAGAGUUUUUUACAGGAAGCAGACGUCACUCUAAUAGUGAUUGGACAGUCAUCCUAUCAUCAUAUCGAGCCUUUCUGCAAACUGACUGGGUAUUCUCAUGAAAUCUAUGUUGAUCCUGAGAGAGAAAUUUAUAAAAAAUUGGGAAUGAAAAGAGGUGAAGAAAUUGCCUCUUCAGGAAACAGCCCCCACAUAAAAUCGAAUAUACUCUCAGGAAGCAUUCGGAGUCUGUGGAGAGCAGUGACUGGCCCUCUCUUUGAUUUUCAAGGAGACCCUGCUCAGCAGGGUGGAACCCUCAUCUUAGGUCCAGGUAACAACAUCCAUUUCAUACACCGUGAUAAAAAUAGAUUGGAUCACAAACCCAUCAACUCUCUUUUACAGCUUGUAGGAGUUCGGCACGUGGACUUCACAAGCAGACCUUUGGUUAUCCAUGUGUGAUGGUAUAGACUGUGGACCCUUGGAAUAUGACCUGAAAUGUUCAGAG